UGUUGAUUGCUGGGCGAAAGCUUCCUGUUGAUUGCUGGGCGGCGGCGGUGGCGAUAUUUCCCAGAUGAAUCCUAGUGGCGAAAUUCCAAUGAUUCCGGACUCCGUUCACCGGAUGUGGCCGGAACUGGAUGGUCUCGGAUUCGGCGUCAAGUCCUCCCACCUGGGCGGUUACGUCCAGAUCUCCCAACCGAGGAACGCGCGAGAGAGUUCUGAGAAGACAGCAUCCAGAUCUGCGAUGAAAUCCGCGGCACCAAAUCCGCGAGAUCUAGAAGAGAGUUCUAGGAGGAAAAUCCCAGUGAUCACAGACUCUUCUCGCCAGAUGUUUGCAGAGCUGGAAGGCAUCGAAAUCAGAAUGAGAUCCUCCUCCCAUGACUGGGCGGAUGAGAGGAUGAGCGAGCUUCCUCAUGUAGACAUCCAAAGGUAUCAUGAAUUGGAUGUUUGUCAAAGAAUGAAGGUUCUGUGUGCAGGAAUCGAGUCGCUAUAUCGCCAAGUCACUACCCAAUCAGUGGGCUAUUUGUUGAUGGCGGCCUGGGGGCUAGUCUCUUCACAAAACAAACAGGUGUACGUCUUCCCUAAAGUCGCCAUGAGUGGCCCUUGUGUAGAUGUCACAGAGCUCGAACAAAGGGCACUGGUAACAUUGGAAGGAACCGGCUUGCCUUUUGCCCGGCUAUGGUCACCUCAGCAGAGGAAUGCAUUCGAGAGAACCGCCGCGUACAUGUGUGCUGCCACUUUGAGGCUCAUUACAAAAGAUGAAGGAAGCCUUCACAGAGCCUGGAAAUCCAUCAUGAGAAAUUACAGCAACUUUUAUCACGAAGAGCCUGCUUUUGAAUUAACCCCGAACCUGGAUUGUCUGGAGGCCAUUCGGAAUUUCCUUCAAGCGAGGAGACAUCUUAAGGGCACGAUUGCCUGUUUUCUGCUGGGGUUUCUACAACUCGAAGGACAGGAUCGGAGAUUGUGUAGUACAUUGUUCGAAAGGGACAUGGCUUACACAGGCAUGCACGCCUACACACUGCUCAUGUCUGUGACUGAAAUGCUCCAAGCCCCACUGAGUGAAGUUAUCAAGGUAGUCACACACCCAUCUCUUGUUGAUGCGCUGAGGACGAUUGUGCACAUCGUCCUCAAGUAUGAAUUGCCCCAGACUGACGCCGAUAGGGAGCGUGCCAUGGGAGCCAGGACAUGGAAGUAUGCACGAAUUUUCGACAGCGCUCAGUUCGCAGCCAUUCAGACAAAGAACUGUGAGAUGUUGGUCGCGGUUCUGGCGACCAUUGCGCAGAAGCUGGGUGGAGGUGGUGACGCGACCAAGAUACAUGGGAUCUCUGGCUAUCUAACAACCCGUCGAGACGUGUAUGAAAAGCGUGCUGAUGUGUUCAUAUCAUACUUGGGUAUAAUCAAUAUAAUCAAUCGGUACCCAUAUUUGGGUACAAAAUAGGUGCAGAGAUAGAGUACUACGUGCGCGAAUUUAAAGAUACAAAUCCCUCUCCCUAAAAAAAAUCUUGCUUUAUUGAUGGUGGUUUUUUUGUGGAUUAUCACUACUUGCAUUCUACCUAUGACUUAUACAAUAUGCGAAUCUUAGAUUUGGGACUCCAAAAUUCACAAAGACCAGUAUUUAUAAUUAUAUUCCCUUCAUCGAAAUUUAAGAUACUUAUUCACUGUCUACAUGAUUAAAUUUUAACUAUUUUU